AUGACAGCGCCCCGGCCGCGCCCCCUGCCGCCGAUUGGUCCGCAGGCGUCACGUGAGGCCGGCGCUCCGCCCCCGCCGCCGCCAUUGGCCCCCGCGCGUCACGUGACGCCACCGCGGCGUUGCCGGGCGACGCCGUCACCGCUCCGCGCGCUCCCAUUGGCCGGCUCGGCGCACGUGAUCCUCCUCGGCUGGCGGGGUUGCCGGGCAACGCGCGCGCCGCUUCCCGAGUGUUUCCUCGGGCUCCCAUUGGCCUUCCCCCACCACGUGACGCCCCGCCUCUUUCGGCGUUGCCAGGCAACGCUCGCUCCGCUGUUCCGGGUCCCUCCCCGCUCUCCCAUUGGCCGCCGCUGCCCUCACCGUCACGCUAUUUCAGCGCGGGGGCGGCGGCGGCGGCGCAGACGCGGCUGCGAUGGACGGAAGUUACGAGGCGUGUGCCGAGGCUGCGGCCUGGCUGCGGGCGCGGCUCCGCGAGCCCCCGCGGGUGGCGCUGUUUGUACCGGUCCAUACUGGUUUAUACCGGUCCAUACUGGUUUAUACCGGUCCAUACUGGUCCAUACUGGUUUAUACUGGUCUCCUGUCCCCAGUUACGAGGCGUGUGCCGAGGCUGCGGCCUGGCUGCGGGCGCGGCUCCGCGAGCCCCCGCGGGUGGCGCUCGUGUGCGGCUCCGGGCUGGGGGCGCUGGCCCAGGAGCUCUCGGAGCCCCAGAGCUUCGACUACGCCGACAUCCCCCACUUCCCCCGCAGCACCGUGCAGGGCCACGCCGGGCGAUUGGUCGUCGGGCGCCUCGGCUCCGCCCCCUGCGCGGUGCUGCAGGGCCGGUUCCACCUGUACGAGGGCUACAGCCCCGCCCAGGUGGUGGUGCCGGUGCGGGCGCUGGCGCUGGCCGGCGCGCACACCCUGGUGCUGACCAACGCCGCGGGGUCGCUGCGGCCGCAGCUCGGCCCCGGCCACCUGCUGGUCAUCCGCGACCACAUCGACCUGCCCGGCCUGGCCGGACGCUCGCCCCUCGUGGGGCCCAACGACGACAGGUUCGGGCCCCGGUUCCCCGCCAUGACCGACGCCUACGACCCCGCCCUGCGGCGCCUGGCGCUCGCCCUCGCCCCACGCGAGCUGCGGGCGCGCCCCGGGGUCUACGUGGGCGUGGGGGGCCCCAGCUACGAGACCCCCGCCGAGUGCCGGCUGCUGCGGCGCCUGGGCGCGGACGCCGUGGGUGAGGAGGGGCAGCGGGAG